UGAGUAUUCUACAAUGUUUGUACAAUUCAUCGUUGUCAAAGCCAUGCUUAAUUAAUCCGUUAAAAGAGCAAGGAACAGUAUGCAGUGCGACACACAAAAAAAGAAAAAGCAACACCAACAAUACUUUUUGGGCGUUCAUGGCCAUGGUUGUCAACUGUACCGCAGGUGUAGAAUGUAAAACACAGUGGAUAGAUGUUGUGGUGGCAGCUGCAGAGAAGUACUUGGGUGUACAAUAUUUUACUGCAGAGUUAUAAUGUGUUUUGAACGAUAAUAUCCUGUCCUCCCAGGCUGCUGGCCUGGUGUUGAAUCAGAGGGCCAAAGUAGUGGAAUAAUGACGUUUAAAUGGGUGUAGGGUUAGUUGGUUUUUCACAAAGUGCAAUGAAUUAAUAAUACAGAAUAGUAGACUGAUGCACAGCCAAUACACUAGGUGGAGGUAUGAACCUAUAACAAUUGUUUAUGGCGGACCGCCAUAAUACCAAAGAAGAAGAAGCCCACUUCCUUCUCAACUGCUUCGAGGCAGCUCGGUGAAACGGAAGUAUAAGUACAUUGACAACUGCGGAGAUUGCAUUGCUGUUAAGUGCUGCAUGACAACUGCAGACGUCGGAUUGAACAUACUUUGGGUUUUUCUGGUUCGCUGCACGGACAGCGCUGCUGUUAUCAGUCUGGUAUUUCAUAGGCGUCCAUUACUGGGCCUUAGAGAAUUACAACUAUCUGGACUCUCGAAGAGGACGUUGUUUCAACAGACUCGUAUAGAGUUAGACGAUAACAGACAGCAGGAUUAUUGGCGAAUAGGGUGUUGAACGUUUUCCUGACUUUAAUAGAUCAGAAGAAGAAAUGUUGAAGAAAAAAUAGCUUCAACGAUGGAUCGGGACAGAGCUAGUCCGUCCCCCUCCACCCUGCCGGAGUCCCCUGGUCACAACUCUCCUGGUAGCGCCUUACUGCUGGAUCUGAAGAGGGUGUCUGUGCUGCUGGUCGACUGCAGGAAAACACCAGGGCAGAGUGGAACUGUGAGAGAAGGACAGGAGGAUGGAGAUCUGAUUUCAUCAAGGGACACCCCUAACCGUCGUUCUCUCAGUGGCAGGUGCUUAUCUUCUGGGCAUCCUCAACCACAUGUUGCUGACGAGACAGAGAAGAGUCUUUCCAGAUCAGAACAUCUAAAGAAACAUCAGCAGGGACACAUGGGGAAGAAACCUCACCACUGCUGCUCUGACUGUGGGAAGAGUUUCACAAACCGGAGUGACUUCAUUAUUCACCAGCGGAUUCACACCGGAGAGAAACCGUACUGCUGCUCACAGUGUGGGAAGAGUUUCGCUGCUUCUAACACCUUAAAAUAUCACCUGAGAAUUCAUACAGGGGAGAAGCCUUACCCCUGCCUUGAUUGUGGGAAAAGCUUUUCAUAUCUGGGAGCCCUAAACAUACACAAGCUAACACACACUGGAGUGAAGCCUUAUAGCUGUGAUCAAUGUGGGAAGAGCUAUGCUGUAUCAGAUGCCCUAACUAUACACCAGUGCAUACACACAGGAGAUAAAUCUUAUAUCUGUGAUCAGUGUGGGAAGGGCUUCAGUCAAUCAGGGCCCCUAAAUUCACACCAGCGAACACACACUGGCGAGAAACCUUAUAGCUGUGAUCAGUGUGGAAAGAACUUUGCUCUAGCUUCCUCCCUGACUAGACACCAUCGAACACACACUGGAGAGAGACCUUAUGUCUGUCUAUGUGGGAAGAGCUUUGCUCUAGCUUCCACCCUGAAUACACACCAGCUAACACACACUGGAGAGAAGCCUUUUAGAUGUGGUAAGUGUGGGAAGAGUUUUGCUGUAGCUUCCUCCCUGACUAGACACCAUCGAACACACACUAGAGAGAAACCUUUCACCUGUGAUCAGUGUGGGAAGAGCUUCAGUCAAUCAGGAACACUACAUUCACACCAGCGAACACACACUGGAGUGAAACCUUAUAGAUGUGCUCAGUGUGGCAAGAGCUUUGCUCAAUCAGUACACCUGAAUAUACACCAGAGACAACACACAGGAGAGAAACCUUUUAGCUGUGAUCAGUGUGGGAAGAGCUUUGCUGUGUCAGAAAAACUUACUAUACACCAGCGCAUACACACAGGAGAGAAACCUUAUAGCUGUGAUCAGUGUGGGAAGAGCUUCAGUCAAUCAGGGACCCUAAAUUCACACCAGCGAACACACACUGGAGAGAAACCCUAUGUUUGUCUAUGUAGGAAGCGCUUUGCUUAUUUAGGGCAAUUGAAAAAACACCAGAAAACAAAAACGUGCCGUAUUUCCUCUCCCUCCUAUCUGUCACCGGUUCCAGUACACUAAAUAAAGGAUCAAUAGGAAAUAUCUAGUGAACAGUCAUAUCCAUCUCCCAUUCUUAAACAGUUGCCUCAGUCUGAUCACCAUGGUAACCUCUAUGGAGCAUAGUAUGCAGCUCUGAUCUAGCAUCAGGUCUCCCCUGUGUCUAUGUAAUAUCACAUAUUGAUCUAAAUGGAUAAAUGUUAUCAUAGGAAAUGUUAUAGUGAACCUGUGAGGAUGUUGAUAAUUGUAUCUUCUUUCAUACAAUGCCCUUUGGCAUUUUUCCUAUUUUGUUGUAUUACAACCUGUAAUUUAAAUAGAUUUUUAUUUGGAUUUCAUGUAAUGGGCAUACACAAAAUAGUCCAAAUUGGUGAAGUGAAAUGAAAAAUAUUACUUGUUUAAAAAAAUUCAAAUAAAUUAAACAAAAGUGGUGUGUGCUUAUGUAUUCACCCCCUUUGCU